AUGGAUAGGAGCCGGGAUAUUAAGAAGACAAAUGUGGAUUUUUCUAGCUCCAGGAACGCCGAAGGCGAGCUCAUCUCAGGAGGCAUCACUGGGAUUGUCGAGCUCCUUGACGAUGGGACUGCGCUUAAAGCACCAUUUCCAGGGUGUGAGAUCGAAAAUCAUAUCCUAGAUAUUGCCAAAGAAGCCGACAUAUACCGUCGUGUCAGACCACAUAAGAGACUUGUUCGCAUGUUAGAUCAUUGCAGGGAAGGACUCAAGCUUGAAUAUAUGAAAAACGGGGAUCUCAAGACAUAUCUCCAGUCUCAGAAGUCAAUAUCAACGGAUAUCAAAUUAAAGUGGGCAUAUCAGAGGGUCAUCCAUUGCGAUAUAAAACCACGAAACCUUCUGUUAGAUACGACUUUCGACAUCAAGAUUAUUGAUUUGUCUGGCUCUUCAGUAGAUGGUUCAAAGCCGGCUUCUGGUGAGGGAAACCGGUUUUUCCUUCCUCGGCAUUGGAAAGACCAGCCGACAGUCGCGACAGAUCUCUUCGCACUAGGGUCUACUCUUUACGAAAUUUUCCGAGGCGGGAGCCCGUAUGAGGAGGUGCCUAGUGAUAAAGUCGAAAGACUUUUUACACAGAAAGAAUUUCCUGGUGUAUCUUAUAUACCAUGUGGACAGAUCAUCCAACGAUGUUGGCUAUCUCAAUUUGGCUCGGCAACGGAUGUGAAAACCGCCAUCUUGGAUAUAAUUUCCCGCAAGACCAACGCCGGCUGUAACUAG